GACAAUGUAUUGAAUGAUUUAACACUACAUAUUGAUAAAGUUGGCAGCGCCACAACAGCUGACAAGCUUUAAAAAUAAAUUUAAAUGGAUGUUUUGUUUAAGUACCGCUAUAGUUUUUUAGCUGGCGCAUGCGCCGCCGGCGGCAGUUUCUUUGGCAAGUUGCCCAGUUUCAUCAGUGCAAUGAACUUGGUGCAUGCGGAUACAGAACAACCGGUCGCCGGCUAUGUGUAUGCCGAAUUUGCAUUAGUUCAGUUGCUGCCCCUUGGCCUCAUGUUAUUUUUUAAUAUUUGCAAUUUACGUUACUAUUUGAAGGCCUUGCAAAUGACCCAACAGACGUUGACAGCAACGGUCUUAACUGCUGCCUCCAAUUAUGUGAUAUCUGUACGCAUGAAUUGGUGUUCUUGUUUAUCGGGAACCGUUGACAUUAUUAUCUGGCGUUGGCAUCGCGCUUAUAUUAGCGGGGCUCUGUUUUCUAUGCGGUACUACAAAGGGUUCAAGCAGCCCGGUAGUUGAGCCAAAGCUCCCAGUUAAACAUAAGCAAACCUAGUCAAUAUGAAAGAUGACAUUCCAUCUAUAAGGCAGAAUAUACUUUACUUAAAUCAAAUUUUUUUUAAUGUUACUAUUUCGCAUAUAAAUACAUAUAUUUUUUUCUUCAAUUUUCUGUAAUGCACAUAAGUCGGGCAUAAUGUAUUUAUCUUUUCAUAUACAGCACUACAUUCACAUAUGUUAAUUAUUUUCAUACGCGCUGA